GCAAAAGAGAGCGCGCACGACAGAGAAAACCCUCAGUUCACCCGAUGUUAGGUAGGGGAGGCGGGUCGCCCUCUGCCGCUCCGUCUCCUCACCUGUAUGGAUGACCACUAUAACCUCAUCGACUCGCCCUCAGCCAGCCACAGAGGGACCAACGCCGACAACCACGGGUACGCGGAGACGGAGAAGGACAUCAUGACAGUUGUGGCGUGCGAUAACAUGCUGGAGGAAACCGCGGCGCUGCCCAGUCACCUGUCGCUGGAUCGAUACGAGCCGGACCACGAGUGCUGCGAGCGAGUGGUCAUCAACAUCUCCGGACUGCGCUUCGAGACGCAGCUGAAAACUUUCAACCAGUUCCCGGACACGCUGCUCGGGGACCCGAAGAAAAGGAUGCGCUACUUUGACCCGCUCAGAAACGAGUAUUUCUUUGACAGGAACCGACCGAGCUUCGAUGCCAUCCUCUACUACUAUCAAUCCGGCGGGCGCAUUCGGAGACCCGUCAACGUUCCCAUUGACAUCUUCUCCGAGGAGAUUCGCUUUUAUCAACUUGGUGAGGAAGCCAUGGAGAAAUUUCGCGAGGAUGAGGGCUUUAUCAAAGAGGAAGAGCGACCGCUGCCAAACCACGAAUUUCAGAGACAGGUCUGGCUUUUGUUUGAGUACCCAGAGAGCUCUGGUCCUGCCAGAGGCAUUGCUAUUGUGUCUGUUUUGGUCAUUUUGAUUUCCAUUGUUAUCUUCUGUUUGGAAACCCUGCCUGAGUUUAGGGACGACAAGGACCCGACUACCGCCUCGCCUAUUGCGAAUGGCACUGGCCCCUUUGUGUCCAGCACUUUCACAGACCCUUUCUUUGUGAUCGAGACCCUUUGCAUCAUCUGGUUCUCUUUCGAACUGCUCGUGCGCUUCUUCGCGUGCCCCAGCAAGGCUACCUUUUCCAAAAACAUCAUGAAUAUCAUUGACAUCGUGGCUAUCAUUCCUUACUUUAUCACUCUGGGGACGGAGCUGGCCGAGAGGCAAGGCAACGGCCAACAAGCCAUGUCGCUGGCCAUCCUCCGCGUGAUCCGUCUGGUGAGGGUCUUUCGCAUCUUCAAGCUCUCGCGCCACUCCAAAGGCCUCCAGAUUCUCGGCCAGACCCUAAAAGCCAGCAUGCGGGAGCUGGGACUCCUCAUCUUCUUCCUCUUCAUCGGGGUCAUCUUGUUUUCCAGCGCCGUCUACUUCGCUGAGGCCGACGACCCUACCUCGAGUUUCAGCAGCAUCCCUGAUGCUUUUUGGUGGGCUGUGGUUACCAUGACUACAGUCGGCUAUGGAGACAUGCAUCCAGUAACCAUCGGAGGCAAAAUUGUGGGCUCUUUGUGCGCCAUCGCUGGCGUAUUGACCAUUGCGCUGCCCGUGCCUGUCAUCGUGUCCAAUUUCAAUUACUUUUAUCACCGGGAGACUGACGGGGAAGAGCACGCACAAUACCUCCACGUUGGCAGCUGUCAGCAUCUCAACUCCACAGAAGAUCUGAAACGGACACAGAGCACGUCCUCCCUCAGUAAAUCGGAAUAUAUGGUCAUAGAGGAAGGAAUAAAUAGUGCUUUCAAACAGCCAAACUACUCCAACCAGAACAAUCAAAACUGCGUGAAUAUUAAAAAGAUUUUCACAGACGUGUAAAUCAUGUACAGUGCCAGACAGUCUUACAAUACUCACCAUGAUGGCACCGGUGCGAACGCGAGGUGCUGCGUUAUUAGGGUACAACAGGGCUAAAAGCCUCCGUUUGAGGGAAAAUGUGAAUUUUUGUUUAGGUCCCAAAGUAGUUGAAAAGAUAUUUAUUUUUGCUGAUGAUAGAUGGAGAUACAUAUAAUUUGUAUAAAGGAAAUGCUAAAAGUUUUGGUUAAAAAAUAAAUAUAAAGGCAGCUAGAAAAAAGAGUUUGUCACCAUAUGCAAAUACUUUUGAUAUUUUUAGAGUAACAUUUAAAUACUUUAGCAAAUGCUGUAGCUAUUUUCAGUUUAUUUACUCACUUUCAUGGAGCUACAGUGCAGUCAGAUUUCAUAUUGUGACUAUAGAAGUUAAUAUAAAUCCACAUUGCAUAUACAUAGUUAAAUUUAUUCCCUCCUAAUUACAGAAAACAUACAGUUAGUUGCUCUAAAGGCAGUCUGCGUCAUCAUACUUUACCAACUUAACUAUAUUUUUGGCUAUUCAACAGGUACUGAAAAUUACAGACUAAAUCCCUUUCAGAAUUCAGAUUGUAAUGAUUUCUAUUAGCUACAUACAUCUGAGAAAAGCAUUUUGAAAAGCAUCUGAAGAAGAAACUUCAAAAUCAGUCUUUUGUCAUUGCACACCUCAUGAAUCAUGACAGUUCAGCAGUGCACAGAGACAAACAGGUGUUUAGGAAAGUACUGUGGUAGUUUUUUUGCUAUUUAGUGUUUUGGGAUUGUGUAAAUCACAAGGGCCUUUUACCCCGGGGGGGCUUUUAGAUCCGCUGUACCCUACAUGGACAAGCCAGCAUAUUACACUAAAGCAGGGCGCUUUUUUUUGGUAGAAAGGUGCCAAACUCCGAUUCACGUGUUGCAUUUGUCUACAGCACACAGGAUAAGUUUCAGGUCAGGGACUAAACAGAUGAAACACCCACACUGCAAAUAUUGUGCUCGUAAGUCUGCGUUUGUUAUCAGUGUUAACAUAUAAUCAUCAUAAUACGUUAGUAUUCGCAAUAUCUUACGUUUUGUGGCAAAAGUGAAACAACCGAAUAUGUGUCGCUGUUAAUGUGAACAAACUGAAGAUAAUGCUGUGUUGACCAUAUGUAUUUUGUUGAAUAUAUGGGCGAUUCUUCAAUUAGGGGAACUUUCGUGUCAUCUAGGAUCAUAUAUAACAUAUCCUACAUUAACAUAGAUUUUUAAUGUGUCUCUUUAAUUGCGUUUCUGUAUUUUAAGUACUGAAAUUUGCCAGAAUCAUCUUCUACCCAGACUUUUAAACUCAUUUUUUAAAAUAAUUUAAAAAUGUAUUGAAAUCAGGGAUAUUUUACAAAAAAAACUUUUUUUAAAUUUAAAUUGCUAUUUAAAAAAAAAAAAAAAUAUUUUAUAACAAAGAAUUACUUGUCCCUAUGGUGUCUUUUUUUUUAAUUAAUUAAUUAAUUAAAAUGUUUCAUGUUAUGAUGAUAGGUGACAGAAUAUCAUUAAUUUUACAUAUUAAGAAGGAAUCAUGACCUUAGAGUAGGUUUAUAUUAGGUAUUUUAUUCUGAAAGAGUCCAUUUCUUGUAUUUUUAUAAACUAUGUUAAUUGGCUCAACUAAUUUAAACUUUUUUCUGGAGGUUAUUAAGGUCAUCUGAUCUUUUUUCCAUGAUAAAUAAUAUAGAUUAACAUAGAUUAAUAGAUUAACAGUUUCCCUAAUUGAAGAAUCACCAAAACAUCUCAGUACAGACUUCAUUUAAACGCAAUGAAUGUGGAAAAAAAGCUAUUCGUUUUGUUAAUAAUGUAAUCGAAACUUUGUGUGUCUAUUGAACCUGACUUGCUUGUACCAAAUGAAAUGGGUUAAUACUGAAUGAGAGAAAAUAUAUCUUUAUUUUGUGAUCAAGUUGCUCGGUGUGCGAAAAUGUAGUCAUCUCCAGAUUAUGUAAAACUCAAAUCACGUCUAGCCUAAAAAUAGAGCGUUCACGGUUUCCCUGUAAGUGAGACGUCACAACGGUUCUGAAUUCUGGGAAAAUAAGAGGAAGCAUCUGAAAAGGUGGCUCGGAUCGGGGGGAGAACGCACGUCGGACUCAUCGCCUCCAUGGCAUGGGAGACUACAAGAUCAGAGACUGAAAGACUGAGAGAUCACGCCUUGAGUCCGCCUUGUGAUGCAGUCUCCAUGGCGACUACAGUUUCCUGGGAAACAACCUGGACGUCUGUUCAUUGGAAUUCUGAAGUUUGCUAAUGACGGAUAUUAGGCUAAUAAGACAAACUGAAACUCAUUUGUGACGUACUCCAUAACACUGAAGACAACAGUAUUUUGAAGGCUCCGGGGGAGAUCCACGCAGUGCCUAGGACAGAUGACCAAUAGAAACGGAGGCCGUUAACCUUUCUGCUACCAAAACAGAACUGAAAUCACCUUCAAACAGCACAGAAGAUGCCCGCAUAUCUCUACUGCCACUUCCCAUUUACGUCUGGCUGAAUCACAGUGAACCGCAACACUCUAGAAGUGGCCUUUUUUGGGUACAUUCUGCAGGUUCACUUUUAAUACGAAGAAAGCAAUACGAAGAGAACUGUUGAACUGUUGGACAUGAGAUGAUCAUCUUGGAGACCACUGCCCUCUGCUAUCUGGCAGAUAUUAAUCAAGCUGUUUUCUGGUGUCCAUCAUGUAUUUACAGUUUAGCUGUUGUUGUGCCAGAUGUGAGAACUAUGUGGAAACUAAAUCUUUCUUGCUCUUUGACCAUAUAAAUUGUCGGACAGAUA